AUGGCUCGUGCUUUGGAAACUGACCCGAUCAAUAAACUUCAAGAAAAUCUACAAUGUACUGUAUGUCGGGAGCCGCUAAAAGACCCGAGAACUCUUCCUUGCUUCCACUCAUUCUGUAAAGAUUGUUUGGAAGGCGUUGUGAAAACUCGUCGUAAUAAAGCACCUCGCGGUCGACCAGUUCGAGACAUUCCAUGUCCAAAUUGUCGAGAGAUGUUUACACUCGAUCCUGACAAAAAUGUCGCCGACAUGAAACGAAAUCAUUUCAUCUGCAACAUGGUAAAAGCGACAGCCGUACUCAACCGAGAUCGAGGAACUGGCGUUCCGUGUUCACAUGAGUGUAGUCAAAGCUACUCAGUCGCUCGCUGUGUCACUUGUGAGAAGUUUUUAUGCCAAGAAUGUCUGACAGCCCACGACAGUUAUCGAGGACACACUGGUCAUUCUGUUCUAACGAUGGAAGAGUUGUCGAAGCCGGAGAAUCGUAAGAAAAUCAAUGACAAAAUGUAUUGCAAUGAACAUUCAGGCGAGAUAUUGAAAGUUUAUUGUGAAACCUGCGACCAGCUGAUUUGUAAGGACUGCAUGGAUUUUAGACACACGAAGCCAGAUCAUUCAUGUUUUCUUGCUAAAGAUGUCGGUGAUAAAUAUAAGGAACUACUAGCUUCAAAUAAUGAAACAAUGGAUGAUGUCCUAACUGAAGGCAAUGCCCUUCUUCAGAAAUUAACACGUAUGACAGAGGAAUUUGGUAAGGAAGUUGAGGAUGUCAACCGUAAAAUAAUACAACGAAAGAAGUCUGUGGCGAAAAUGGUUUGUAAAGUGUUGGAUGAAAACGGUGAAGAGCUUCUGAAAGAAGUAAACGAAAUUUAUAACGAUGAACAAGCAAAAUUAGACAAACAGACCAAAAAAAUAAAGCAGUAUGUAGAGAACGUACAAAAAUCUGUUCAGCUUUCAAAGAAAUUGGUCGAGGAAGGCACUGAAGAAGAA